AGAAGAGACUAAGGGCGGGCUUUCGUUGCGAGACUUUCUGUGCGCCUGACACGUGACGAGUGGCAGUUCCAGGUGGUUACAGUUGAAGGGGAGCUGGCAAUGGAGCUGAAGUGGAAACUGUUGUUUCUGAUGUUGGCUGUGGGCACAAGGUCUAUCCUUGCUCAUGAAGAUGAAGACGACAUAGAUGAUGUUGAUAUUGAUGUGGAUGAUGACUCUGAUGAUGGCAUAACAGAACCCAGCAGCCCCAGCUCAGCUCCUCUUCCAAAGGUGACUUACAAGCCACCAGUUCCUACAGGGGAUGUUCACUUUGCAGAGAACUUCGACAAAGGAACAUUAGAGGGGUAUGAAUCAAAAUGGAUUGUUUCUGCAGCAAAAAAAGAAGAUACAGAUGAGGAGAUUGCAAAAUAUGAUGGAAAGUGGGAAGUUGAAGAGAUGAAAGAUUCCAAGCUAUCUGGAGACAAAGGUUUAGUCCUGAAAUCGCAAGCAAAACACCAUGCUAUUUCCUCCAAACUCAAGAAGCCUUUUGUGUUUGAAACUCGACCACUCAUUGUUCAGUAUGAAGUUAAUUUUCAAAAUGGGAUAGAUUGUGGAGGAGCCUAUGUAAAGCUGCUUUCGAAAACUUCAGAUUUAAUCCUGGAGCAGUUUGUUGAUAAAACACCAUACACAAUUAUGUUUGGCCCAGACAAGUGUGGAGAAGAUUAUAAACUGCAUUUCAUCUUCCGUCACAAAAAUCCAAAAACUGGAGAGUUUGAAGAGAAACAUGCAAAAAAGCCUGACAGUGACCUCCGAACUUUCUACACAGACAAAAAAACUCACCUUUAUACUUUGGUUCUGAAUCCAGAUAACAGUUUUGAGGUACUGAUUGAUCAGACCAUAGUAAACAGUGGAAACCUUUUGAAUGACAUGAGUCCAGCUGUAAACCCAGCAGCAGAGAUUGAGGACCCUGAUGACAAAAAGCCUGAUGACUGGGAUGAAAGAGCAAAGAUACAAGAUCCUGAUGCUGUUAAACCAGAUGACUGGGAUGAAGAUGCCCCAGCUAAAAUCCCAGAUGAAAGUGCUGUGAAGCCAGAGGGAUGGCUGGAUGAUGAGCCAGAAUAUGUGUCUGAUCCUGAUGCAUUGAAGCCUGAAGAUUGGGAUGAAGAGAUGGAUGGAGAAUGGGAAGCUCCUCAGAUUGCUAACCCAAAGUGUGAAACUGCUCCAGGCUGUGGCUUCUGGGAACGUCCUAUGAUUGACAAUCCCAACUACAAGGGCAAGUGGAAGGCACCUAUGAUUGACAACCCCAACUAUCAGGGAGUAUGGAAGCCAAGAAAAAUUCCAAAUCCAGACUACUUUGAGGACCUACAUCCUUUCCGAAUGACCACAUUCAGUGCUUUGGGUUUAGAGCUGUGGUCCAUGUCGUCUGAUAUCUUCUUUGACAACUUCAUAAUUUGCUCUGACCGAGCUGUGGCAGAACAGUGGGCUAAUGACGGAUGGGGUUUGAAGAGGGCAGCAGAGGGUGCAGCAGAGCCUGGAAUAGUAGGACAAAUGAUGACUGCGGCUGAAGAAAGACCUUGGCUGUGGUUGGUCUACGUUCUCACUGUUGGUUUGCCGGUCUUCCUUAUAAUUGUGUUUUGCUGUACUGGAAAGAAAAAACCAUCAGACGCAGAAUACAAGAAAACGGAUGCCCCACAACCAGAUGUAAAUGAUGAGGAUUCCAAGGAAGAUAAGAAUGAUGAAGAUGAGGAGAAUGAUGAGGAGAAAGAUCCAAAUAACAUGGCUGAGGAUAAUCAGAAGAAUGAAGAAGAGCAGGAGGAGGAGAAGGAAGAAGAGGAAGAAGAAGAAGAGAGUCCUGGUAACAAAAGCCAGGAAGAAGAUAUGGAAACUGAAGAUAUCAGUAGCAGAACAGAUGAGAAAAAAGAUGAUGACGUUAUAAGAAGAUCUCCAAGAAGCACCAAGCCAAGGAAAGACUGAGCUAAUAGCACAUGGCAGCUCUGGUGAUAAGCGGUCCAUCACAACAUCGCUGAACUGUUAAAUAUGGCAUCAAGCACACGUUUUGAAAAGCAAACUUGCAAGUGGGAAAGAACUUGGCUCUGAAUGGAAUCCCCCUGCAGUUUUUAAGCUUUAUUUUUAGGAUACUUUAUGUGAAAGUUCAGUUUUUUUUUUGUUUUUUUUGAUCCCAUUACAGAAGGUUUUUUUUUAUUAUUUUUUAUUAUUAUUUUUAUUUUGUUUAUGAAUAGUAGAAUGGGCAGGUGGCACUUGGUAUUCCCGAAUGCUCCAGAUACUUGAAAUAGAAAGGCAGCACAGCUUAUUCCAAAAUGAUUGUUUUAUCUGUAGCCUCAGCAUGUGGCAUAUUGGGGUGCUGGAGCAUUUGACUGCCAGCCUCUUUUGAGUCAUUCCUUUUGUCUUGUCGGUUACGUUUGCCUUGCCAGUGAUCUUUUUAGUUUUUAUUGUGUAUCACAUAUUAUGGCUUCUGGUUAGAGAAGGAUGUGCUGUGGUAAAAUAGAUCAGAGGUUUUCAGUAAGCAAUGGCUAUAUUGUUGGGAAGACAUUUGUGGUUUUUCACUAUCCCUUCCUCACCCAAAACCCUCUAGAUUUUGUACAGAUGUUAGACAAGAAAAACAGUUUUACCUUUUCAUUAUAAAAAAGAAAUAUCCAAUCCAACAAUGAAGUAGCUUAUCUGUGGGAAUAUUUUGAGUAAGUAUCAAACCAAGGAAAAGUGAUUGGCUCUUGUACACAACAUGUGUGUCUAAAGAUGCAAUAUUUUUUCCUUUGCCGCAUCUCAACUACCAUUGUGCUCUCUGAUCUCACCCCCCACCCUUGUUUAAGAUAGUAACUGAUUCUGUGCAUUUCUGUAUGGAAAUACUUUAAAAUAUUUAACUGUAUAAACGUGUUUACUCCUUGACAGAGGUUGUAGCAUCCUGUUUCUUAGACUGCUUUGCCUAAAGGAUGGCUUUCUUUCUAUCAGACCCUCAUGCUACCAUUGCACAAAGUGAGCUGAAUACAACACUGCCUGAAUACAGAGGCGCCGAUUACCACGGAGUAUUCAUUUGUAAUAGUCUUCCUUUGUUCUGACACUCCAUUCACAAGCAUGUGUUCAGUUUCCCCUCCUUGCUUAUCAUUCAGUCUGCAGUGUUACCAUUGCGUCUGUUCAUCUUGAAUGAAGGGUUUUGUCUGGAGCUGUUCCAGGCUGUUGCUUGUUGGCUUCCUGGUGUCACGUGUAGCUUCUUGUCCUUUUUAAUGUUCAGAAGUUAUACUACUUGGUCACUGAGGGCAAAGAAAGAGGGAUCUUUGUUUGAGCCCGGUUGUUAAUAGUAAGCAUGCUCCCAAAAAUAUUGUGCAUUUGGGCAUGUCUACUAUUGUGUAAAACAGCCAGAGCUCAGAAACCACACUAGAGUAUUUAAUAACAAAAUAUAGUCCUCUUACAUGCAUUAAGAAAAAGUCUAGAAACGCUAACAUAAAUGCUGAGCAAGUGUGCUGCUCUUGCAGUUAAAUUAUUCAUAUAAUUGCAUUCACUAGUAGUGAGGCUUUUCUGAAGCGUGAAUAACAGGUUUCAAUAGUUUUGCAAGAUGAAUGACACGUUUUCUUACCUACAAUUUUGUAUUUAUAUACCAUAAGGGGAUAUGGUUAGUGUUAGCAAAUUAGAUGACAUCAAGAAGACCAAUACUACUGUGUCAACCUGCGAUUGCAUUGUUUCUGGGUGGAAAUACUUGUUAUUGAGAAAUAAAAUCAAUAGCAAUGAUCUGGG